AUGCAGAUUUCUCUCUUCCUCUGUGACUCUGGUUUCCUUUUCCUCUUCUUCGCCUCUCUCUCUCUCUGCAUCUCUCUCUCUACUCACACACUGCCUAUUUCACUAUUUCUCUUUCUUUUUUCUUUUCUCUUUUUUUGUUUCUUUCUUUUUCUUUCUUUUUCUUUCCUUCUUUCUCUUUUCUCUUUCUUCCUUUCUUUUUUCUUUUCUUUCUUUCUUUCUUAUUUGUUCCUUCCUUUAUUUCACUCUUUUUCUUUCUUUCUUUCUUUCUUUCUUUCUUUCUUUCUUCCUUCCUUUCACUUUUUCUUUCUUCCUCUCUUGCUUUCUUUCUUUUUUAUUUCUUUCUUCUCUCCUUUCUUUCUUUCUUUCUUUCUUUUUUCUUCUUUCUUUCUUCCCUCCUUUCUUUAUUUCUCUCUCUCUCUCUUUCUUCCUUUCUUCCUUCCUUCAUUCCUUUCUUUCUUUCUUUCACUUUUUCUUUCUUCCUUUCUUGCUUUCUUUCUUUCUCCCCUCCUUUCUUUCUUUCUUUCGCUGUCUCCCUUUCUUCAAUCGUUUCUUUCUUUCUUUCUUUCUUUCUUUCUUUCUUUCUUUCUUUCUUUCUUUCUUUCUUUCUUUCUUUAUUCGUUUUACUUUUUCUUACUUUCUUUCUUUCUUUCUUGUUUUCUUCCCUCCUUUCUUUCUCUCUUUCUUUUUUCUUUCUUGCUUUCCGCCUUUCUUUCUCUCUUUCUUUUUUAUCUCUUUCUUCACUCCUGUCUUUCUUUCUUUCUUUCUUUCUUUCUUCCCUCUUUUUUUUCUUUCUUUCUUUCUUUUUUUCUUUCUUCCAUCCUUUCCUUCUUUCUCUCUCUUUCUUCCUUUCUUCCUUCCUUCCUUUCACUUUGUCUUUCUUCCUUUCUUGCUUUCUUUAUUUUUUCUUUCUUUCUUCCCUCCCUCCUUUCUUUCUUUCUUUCUUUCUUUCUUUCCUACUUAGUUUCUUCUUUCUUUCUUCCUUUCUUCUUUCUUUUUCUUUCUUCCUUUCUUUCUUUUUAUUUUUUCUUUUUUCUUCCUUCCUCCUUUCUUUCUUUCUUUCUUUCUUUCACUUAUUCUUUCUUUCUUUCUUUCUUUCUUUCUUUCUUUCUUUCACUUAUUCUUUCUUCCUUUCUUCCUUUUUUUCUUUCUUUCUUUCUUUCUUUCUUUCCUUUAUUCUUUCUUCCUUUCUUGCUUUUUUUCUUUCUUUCUUCCUUCCUUCGUUUCACUUUUUCUUUCUUCCUUUCUUUCUUUUUUCUUUCUUUCUUCGCUCCUUUCUUUCUUUCUUUCUUUCCUUUCUUUCUUUCUUUCUUUCUUUUCUUUUUCUUUCUUUGUCUCUCUGUGCAUCUGUAUUGA